AUGGUGGAACAUAUCAGUCGCAAGGGCGGACGCUUCCUGAAGUUGGAUGGUGACGGCUCGUCAUGGGUCGAAGUAUCAAUGCCAGAAGUACGUGAAAAAAUUACCCAGAUGCUCCGAAAUCUUCGACGCCCCAGGGUAUCCCAACAGCAAAAGGGAUGUUUUGCCACAGCGAAUCAUCUACCACUUCUCGAUGAGACUGACAUUGCACCCAACGAUGUUUUGCUUGGAAGAAAAGUGAGUAACGAUGGAAACAAGAGGCUACGAGAUAUGGUGGAAAAUAUGGCGGCCGAAUAUGAUGCAGCGACUCGAGGUAGAAAGAAAGAGGUGGUGGACUCACUGAUGGAGCAGAUCAAGUCAUCGAAUGGUCGGUUUCUACGGCAGGUGGAAGGAGGAAGAUGGCAAGAGGUGAUAGAUGAUGCUGUCAUUUUCUCCAAAGUGUCGUCACACUUUCGGAACUAUCGUAGACACAAUAAAGAAGGGCAAUCGAAUAGUAUUAACUAA